GUCUGGUAGCCCAUCCAUCAUGGCGGCGCCUACAAAAUAAAAUUUUGUCAACUUUGCUUCAAAACAGAGAAAAGCUAUGAGCAAGAGGCAAGCAAAGCUGACCAGCCUGUGGGUUGAGAGUGAUGACGAUGAUGACUGUAUCAUCUUGGACCCCAUACCUGCUUCCUGCACAGGAGGAAAGAAAGCUGCUAAUGUUUCUGUUGUAAAAGUCAACAGCACAAAGAAACCAACCCAAUGGGUUUCAUCAGCAUUUGAUGGAUUUGGAGACUUUUCAAGUAGUGCGCCAAAGUCAACUUAUAAAACAGUUUCCAGUAAACAGCCAGGAACCUCCAGCCUCCAGACUAGAUUAGCCCCAGGCAAGAGGCCGCAUGAGGCCAUAAGUACUGGGGAUUUCGAUGGAAACAGUAGGAAGACAGUGUCCAGAAGACUCAAUGUAAAACCUGAUACUGCUCUCUGGUCAGAGAAAUAUGCACCAGAAACACAGGCGGACUUAGCUGUUCAUAAGAAGAAGAUAUCAGAAGUUGAAGACUGGAUCAGCGGACAUCUGAAUAAAAAGAAUGUGCCCCCAAUCCUACUAUUGACCGGGCCAGCGGGAACAGGAAAGACUGCCACUAUUCGUGUUCUGGCCAGACAGUUAGGCUGUGAGAUCCAUGAGUGGUCCAAUCCACUGCCAGGCGACUCGUAUGAUAGCAGCGCCAGCAAUGAUGACUGGAGGUCAAGGUCACGGGUGGAGGCCGGUAUAUCGGGCUCUCAGUCUGCCCAGUUUAAGGAGUUUCUGCUACGGGCCAACAAAUACAACACACUCGACAUAUUUGGGGGAGGGGGCAUAUCCACCACGAGGCUUAUACUGGUCGAGGACUUUCCAAACAUGUUCUACAGAGAUGCGACUGCUUUUCACAACAUACUACAGCGGUAUGUCCAGGUUGGAGGCAGCCCUCUGGUGUUUAUUGUCAGUGACAGUACGAGUGGAGAGUCCACAGAGAGACUCCUCUUCCCACGGAACAUACAGGAUCAGCUUAACAUAACUAAUAUCAGUUUUAACCCAGUGGCGAUGACGAGCAUGACAAAGUUUCUGACCAAGAUAGUGACGGAGGAGUCACAAAAAGGCAGUCACCGAUUUACCAUCCCUUCUAAGGCUGUUAUCGAGUCGAUAGCCAUGGCGAGUACGGGUGAUAUCCGGGGAGCCAUAAAUGCUCUACAGUUUGCCUGCCUCAAAGAUACUUGUGAUUUGGCGAGUGCGAUAGGCAGCAAAUCAAAGCCCCGGGGAGGUAAAAAGUCUGGCAGCCAGCGAGGAGGAGGGAUGAAAAAAUCGCUGAGCAAGAAGUCAAGUUUCCAACGCGAGGAGGACUUCCUGUCUAUAGGGGGCAAGGACACAUCUCUCUUCCUGUUCCGAGCUCUAGGGAAGAUUCUCUACUGUAAACGAGAGGAGCCCCCGGCAGACUCCCCAUCCCUGCCCCCACACCUGGCCCAUUGCUACAGGGACCCCCUCCAGAUUGUACCAGAGGAGGUCGUAGAGAGGUCACACCUAUCAGGUGACUAUUUCGGGGCUUACUUACACCAGAAUUACAUGGAGUUUUUCUCCACCAUUGAGGAUGCUGUCACAGCCAGCGAGUACCUCAGUGACGCAGACUACCUCACUAUUGACUGGGCUUCGCGUUCAGCCCUCCAGCAGUAUGCAGCUUCUGUAGCCACCCGUGGCAUCAUGUUUAGUAACUCUACCCGGGCCCGACACACCGACAGUGGGGGUGGGGGGCUAGGGUGGAAACCCCUCCAUAAACCACAAUGGUACACUGCCAGUAAACAGGCUAGACAAAACUGUGAAACUGCCAGGUACCUGUUUAAAUCCUAUCAUUCCUCGCCCGUUGCCUUACAGACAGAACUCAUUCCCUACAUCUCCCUGAUAAACACAACACUGCAUGACACAGGUCAAAUAUCUUUCAUGCAAGAAAUAUGCAGAUUUUCUAGUCAAAGAAGGUAUGAAAAACUAGAUGAAAAAGAGGUUGACAUUAGUGAUGAGGAGAAUGAUGUCACACCUGUCCCAGCCAAUAAGAAUACAGGACAGCAGGAGUUGCCAUUGGAAACUGAUGAUGUCAUAAGCAACAGCCAAUCAAAUGUAAAGACAUCGCAGGAAAAUGAAGAUGAUGAUUUUGUGAUAGAAGACUAUGAUGACUGAUUGAUAAGUUGAACAGAAAGACUUGACUUUGUUACUUUCUGUGCUUCACUAUUUGGUGUUUUCAUAUUGAUAUGUGCUCAACAUAUGCUUAAUACUGUGAAAGUUAUGAUCAUCCAAAGAUGAAUGUUGAUAAGCUGUAAUGUGCAAUGUUCCUAGUGUUGUUGCUAAGAUACUGUAUCUUUUGCUAUGGUAUUCAUAAUGGAAGAUUCUAGCGUCAAUAUCUGGAAUCAUAUCAAGUCCCUUAUAACAGUACUAAGCUGAGAGAUGUAGUUUGGUUUCUGUAUAAAUUCUGAAAAUAUCUCCUUUUAAGUUUUAAAAAAAAAAGUGAUUUGGAUAAUCAUUAAAAAAUAUAUCUUAUUUCUAGAUUUUUUUUUUAAAUUUAGCUUAAAAUUUGGCUAAAUGAAACAAGAUACUUAACUAAUGACAUGUUCAGCAUAAGAGUUUUUGAGUAAUUUAGACCUAAUGUUAUGUUUAACCAAGCAAGAGAUGCAGCUUUAGCUUACAACAUCAAAAUAGAUUGAAAUUAAUUUAAAACUUAAUGCUCCAUUAUAAUUGAAAGAUUUCAGAUAUAAAUCAAGAUUCAUGAAUCAGUUUUUGCAAAAAUGCCUUAAGACUGUGAUACAUAUACCGUGCUUAUUUUCUUUAAGUAUUAAUUCUUGGUCUUAUUAUUUUGUCGCAAACAUAACAUGAAAAUGAAUCUCUUGCAAUUUGUUGGAUAAUAUUUUGUUGAAAUAAAAUUUAUUUCUUGUC